GGUUUUUACACAAAUCAGUUCAUUUAAUCCUUACAACUGCCUUAUCCUAUCUCAUUAUCACUCCUGUUUUACAGAUGUGGACACUGAAGCCAAGAGAGGAUAAGUAACUCAUUUCAGGCUAGAUAAACAGAAUACAAAUGUGUAUUAGCCUGCUGUAAAAAUAAGCAGCUGUCUAGUUUCAUUUAUUCUACACACUAGAAUGUGUUGAAAAUUGCUAGGAUUCUUUAUAAAAUCACAUUUUCUAGUGUAGAAAUUUCUGUUUCUUUUUCCUAUUUUAUAAAUUGCAUUCAUUGAAGGCUUUAAAAAUUGCCAAAGUGUCUAUUUUAGAGUCUAAAAUUUGGAAAUUCUUCCUACAAUAUGUACUCAUCACAUAUUAGUGGACUAAAGAUUUAUGACUAAACUCUGCUCAGGAUAUUGUGCAAUAUUUUUAUAGUAUAACAAUGGAUCAUAUUGUCUCCUACCACCUGAUUAUAUAACUUUGUGUUUCAAAUUGGACGUGAAUUAUUAUGUUAAGACAUCAAAAUAUAUUCCCCCCCCAAAUUACAGGAAGUAUGUAAAUCACAUACUGAUUGCUCCAUUAUGAAUAUAGUUUAAUAAUAUCACAAAAUUGUACAACUUUGGAUAAUACGUCUACCUAGAAAGUUCACGUCUACUAUACUAAUAUUGUAAAUCUGAAAACCACCAUAGACUUUAAUACAAAUGGAACUGAUAUUACUUUGAAGAUGUGUUGCUUUUCAGGAGAAUGGCGCGCUGGGGGGAAUUUGAUGAUCUUUAUCAUAUUACUGACCUGGACAGAACCCAGAUUCCAGUAUCUGAAGCAAGGAAUUCUCAGGAUGACUAUUUAUCUUACCACAGCAGUACUCUGAAGCUAUAUGCAGAUGAAGAGCCAGAAUCCCCAUUGCUCUAUAGAUGUAUGAGUGAAGCAGCCCUGGUGAGAAAAAGAACAAAGCCUCCAAUGAUAGAUAGAAAAGAACAACAGUUUCACAGGGCUUCUAUUAAUGGACACUUUUAUAACCAUAAAACAUCAAUUUUCACCCCAGCCUUUGGAUCAGAAACUAAAGUCAGAAUAAACAGUAACAUGAGAACUGAAGAAGUAAUCAAGCAACUUCUCCAAAAAUUCAAGAUUGAGAACAGUCCUCAGGAUUUUGCUCUUUACAUUAUUUUUGCAACAGGAGAGCAGAGACAGCUAAAGAAAACAGAUAUUCCACUAUUGCAGAGGCUCCUGCAAGGACCUUCCAGAAAUAAUGCUCGCAUUUUUCUCAUGGAUAAAGAUACAGAAGAAAUUAGCAGUGAUGUGGCUCAGUACAUUAACUUUCAUUUUUCUCUCUUGGAAUCCAUUCUUGAAAGACUAAAUGAAGAAGAGAGAAGAGAGAUUCAAAGAACAAUAACAAAAUUCAAUACAGAAAAAGCCACCCUACUGAAGUGUCUUCAGAGUAAACAUGCAGUAAACACAGAGACAACAGUGUAGCAGUGAAGGCCUGUAAUGCUAAAUCAUUUUUAAAACGUUAGAGAGAUGCAACUGUUUGGUAACUGCAUAAAGUCCACAGUUGUAUUCAAAUAUAUAUGACCUCAAAUCUCUAGAAAACUGAUGCUAAAAGAGCUUGUUUCUCUUUUAAGUGUAGGUUAACUAGAGUUCACAGCUGGAGUAAAGUGGGACUGAAUUUAGUUUCAGUAGUUGAAGAAAUCUUCGGUACUGUGUAUACCAAGUAUCUUUUAUGGUAAAACAUGUAAGUAACUUGAAUUUAAGUGACAUCUUUGAAUAUCAUACAGUUUCAACUUCUUUUACCUUGAACUUAAAGAGAACUGAAACAUGAUUAACCAAGAAGCAGAUGCAGGCAGUUCUUGAAAUAAACAAGAAGCACGUUCUUACACCAUGAAGCAUCUGAUAGUGACAACAUGUCACAGCUCUAGAAUUUUCAUAAAAUCUGUGAUUAUGUAUGGGUUGAUGGCUUUGAAUGUUUGUAAUUCUAGAGAUAUCUGUUAUUGAGAAAGAAAAGAUGAUGAAAUCAGUUAAGAAAUGCAAAUUGUAAUUUUCUCAACCUUGGCUCUUUUUUUCCUUUUUCUCUCUUCUGAUGAUCACUUUCAAAACUAUUAUUAAGCCUUUUAAAUCAGUUUAAGUCCUUUUCUUUACUUAUUCAAACAAAUAUCUCAAGGAGACUUAAUAUGUUACAUUUGUUACAAUAAGACAUGGCCACAGAUACCUUUUUGUUGAUGAGUGAACACAGUGGAUAAAGUACAAAUGUGUAGCUUUACCAGGCAGGGACUUGGAGCUCUGCCCUCGCAGCACCUCACUAUUCUACAGACAAUUCUCAAGAACAUGAGUUCUGCUCAACUCAUUUUUAAGAAGCACUGAAAGAACAGAGCAAUGCUACGCCUAUCAUCUAUGAUUCUAGUUGUAAGUCUAUAUUAAAAUAAAAUUUUGUGCAACAUUCUCCCAUUCUCUAAGCUACUUCCAUUUGCAUUCCUCCUAAGCAUUGUAUUAAUUUGGCUUGAUCACAUUACAUGUACUGAGAAAUAAGGUUGCAUGCACUAAACCCAGUUGAAAGAUUAACUAUUCUUAAUAAAAUGUGAAAUAUUUUUAAGGCAACA